AUGGCUAAAGAGUGGAGAAUAGAAGGAAUAUUUAGUACACUGCAGUAUUAUUAUGAGGCUAUUCAUCAAUUAAUUCAUGUACUCUGUAUCAUAGAUGUAUUUCAGUUACAAAAUCAUUUGUACAUCACAGAACAUGGUUAUAAGAUCGCAACCGAUUGUGGAAUUAUUGUUGACAUCCACAAAGUCAUAAAGAGAUUAUUGGAUCUUGAUUUGAGAGAAAUUGGUAGCGGUGAAGGUGAUGCUACUGAAGGUAAUAUUGUGUUGCAAAUACAAAAAGUACGUAAUGUAUCUUCUCCAAAAAAUAGUGAGGACUCCCGUGCAGUUCCACGUUUAUUGAAAUUGUUUUUAACCGAUGGUAAAAAUAAUUAUCAGGCUAUAGAAAUUGAACACAUCUCAGCAUUGAGUCUAAAUACUCCACCCGGAACAAAAAUAUUACUUAGUUCAGGAAAUUUACCAGUAUCUCAUGGAAUUAUCUUACUAAGGCCUUCACAUAUAAUACAACUACUUGGGGGAAAAGUAAUAAAUCUAGUGGAAAAAUGGGAAUUGAAUAAAAAAUUGGCAUCACACACAAGAGUACAGUCAGCAGAAGAAGGUGGACCUCCACCAUGGAUACCAUUUGGUAAAAAAAUUAUAAAAGUUACUGAAACGGACAAAAACUUUAAAGCUUUGGCAGAGAAGGAAAAAUCUAGUAAAGAAAAUGCAGAAUUUGAGGCUCAGCGUAAAGAUGCUAUAGCAGAGGCUGCUAAACAAGGUAGCAAAAAAGUUUUUGGUGGUGGAAACAAACAGCUUUUAGAUCACAGUGUACAGAGAAUAGUAGACCAAGGCUUCUCUAUAGAUCAAGCAGAGUGUGCCUUGAAAUCCAAUCGAAAUAAUGUUGAUAGAGCAUUGAAAAGUCUGCAAAAAACAACAGAUAACAAACACAAUACAUUUAAAGAAACACGAGAACCUCGAAAUAAAAGAUUUGAUAAAAAAUCAGAAGAAAGUAAGCCAACCAGUGGAAGAAUAUUUCUCUUUGAUUUUCUAGAGGAUAAAUUACCUUUACAGUCUGAGGCUGCAGAGACUACCAAUCCAUCCCCAAAUAAUCAUACACAGAAUACUGAAAAUAGUUAUGAUAGAGUUGAAACGAAAAGUAAUGAAACACAAAGCGCAAGAGGUGGAAGUAGAGGUCAGAGAGGAGGACGCGGAUACCAAGUUCCUCCAAGACAUUCAGAAGAAAAUAGAACUAAUAAAAAACCAAACUUUAGUAACUCCAGCACUCCGCAAUAUUCACAGUAUAAUGGAGGAAACAAUUCUCAACUGAAUAAACCGCCAAGAUUUCAAAGAAAUCAAGAUAAUUAUAAUUAUAAUCAACAGGAUACCGGAACCAAAGUAUACCAAAAGUCUCAGUUGAAUGAAUCCCGGAAUUCGGGUUUUCAAACGCGUAUAGACGGCACAAACGUUAACGAAAAUAGCAAUUACUAUAAAGGUUCGCAAGAACAACAGGGAAAAAAUUUUGGUAGCCACAGGAAUUAUAAUCAUCAUGAGACUGAUGCCAAGAGUAGACAGACUUAUGAUGCUUCUUACGGUAGGCAUAAUCGAGCACAAGAAGAUGGAACACAUAGAGCUUAUCCUGCAAAUACAAAUGAUAAAAAUUACAAAAACCAACUGAACAGAUAUCAGCCAAAUGACAGUUCUGGUGGGAAGGGCACAUUAGGACCCAACACCCAAAGAGGUCAGAAUCAUUACAGUAACAAUCAAAAUGCGAAUGUUUCUGCUGGCAGUUCCUGGGUUUGGCGAGUAGGGGAUAAUUGUUUAGCGAAAUAUUGGGAAGAUAAUAGGUAUUACAACGCAAAAGUGACCGGGGUAUCGGAUAGAACUUGUGUCGUUCAGUUUAAAGGAUUUGAAAAUUUCGAAGAAGUGCUUCAAGUGGACUGUUUACCUAUAACAGAUGAUCAUCAUGUUCAAGACUUGGGCGGGGAUCAAAAACAAUUAGAUCAAUGGAGCAGUAAUAAACAGCUUCGUUAUGAACAGACACAAAAUCAUAUUCCUGCAGGCAUGGAAUUUCGAAGAAAUGGAAGUGGAAUGGUUCCUUCAAACAGAGCUGGUUACAAUAAAAAACGUAGUCAGCAACGUAGCACCCAGCCCAUUUAUCAACCCCCAGCUCAACGAUGUCACGGUUCUCUGCCUAUGAAUACUCAAAACAAUUCCGUACUUUAAUGUGAUGUUACUCUCUUACGUUUAGCAAAAAAAAUAUUGGACUUCGCUGAUUUAUUGAUUGUAGUUGUGUUAUUUUCAAAGACUGACUUCAUAAGACAAACGGUUACAUACUCUUCACGUAUAACGGAUAUAGAUAUCAGUACUGAUAAAACGUAAACGAGUCCUGUGCCACAGAAUAAUUUAUAUUUGUAAACAGAAACUUGUAACGAGUGUACAAUUAUAGUAUGAAUUUAUUUACUUACGCAGUGAAAGUGAAACUAACGAUUAAAAACGUUAAUAUAAGGUGUUUACUAUUUCUCUAAACAUCAGAAUAUUUAUAUAUUGUAGAAUAAUCAUGUACUAAUGGCGAAUUGCGCAAAUUUCGAUAUUUCGUCCACUUCCGCUAAAAACUUAACACCUACUCCG